AUGGACGCCACAGAUUUGGGUGAAAACAUCGAUCAAGAAGCCCAAGUCAUCGAGAGUGUUGCCUCUCGUAGGAAAAGAUUUCAAAAUGACAAUGCUCAUGAAGAACCCAGCCGUUGGUGGUUCCUCUCAUUGGUGUUCCCCAUGAUCGCAGGGACUCUCGGCCCUGUGGCUUCAUCGUUUAGUAUCUGUGCUCUAGUCCAGCCAUGGCGACAGCAACUCGUUCCCGGGGGAGAUAUCAAGGAGGCCCCUUUCGUCAGUAACCCGUGGUGGUUGACGACUGCUAAUGCCAUCCAGCUUGCUAUCGCCAUCACCUCGAAUUUCUUUCUACUCUUCAACAUGGCAGGACGAGUGCGCUUUAGUCUGGCACAACCAAUCACCAUUAUCGGAUGGUACAUCUCAGCUAUUUGCCGCAUUUCCCUAAGCGCCACUGCCGCUGGGCCACUUCUCAAAGACAUCAAGUUCCCCAAAGACGAGCUCGUAUGGUCCCAGGCAUUUUACUAUGGCAUAUGGGCGGCCAUCCUUUACUUCUUCGAUGCUUCUCUUAUGGCUGUGACCUUCUGGGGUGCAUUAUCCGGCCACUACCGGAAAGACUUUAUGCUAACCUUUAGUCAACGCACUCUGAUGUUGCAGACCAUCACGUUCCUUCUAUACCUCCUCAUUGGCGCCCGUGUUUUCUCUAAAGUCGAAGACUGGAACUAUCUCGAUGCCGUGUACUGGGCAGACGUUACUCUCUUUACCAUCGGCUUCGGUGACUACGCCCCAAAGACUACUCUUGGAAGAGCUCUCCUGAUCCCAUACGCCCUCUUUGGUAUUAUCAGCCUUGGUUUGGUCAUCGACUCAGUCAUGAACCUUGUCCUCGAGCGUGGAAGACGCCGCUUCCAAGCCCGGAUAGAGGAGAAGACACGACGCAAGAUGGUCCAGACCAUAACACGAAAGGGGGACGAUGGUAUCCUCAAGCCCAUCCGCGAAAGGUCUGAAAUAUCUCGCACACAGUCAGAUAAAAUCCCAGCAACCGAGUUUGAACGCCGCAGGGCCGAGUUUGCCCUAAUGCGCAAGAUACAACACCAAUCUGCAUCUCGCAGAAGAUGGAUGGCCAUGGCCAGCUCUACUUGCUCAUGGCUCGUUCUAUGGCUAGUGGGUGCGGCUAUCUUUGAGAGGACCGAGAAGCCCUAUCAAAACUGGUCGUACUUUGACUCUUUCUACUUCUGCUUUGAGGCCUGGACUACCAUUGGAUAUGGUGACCUCACCCCUACGUCUAAUGCAGGCAAAUCUUUCUUUGUCUUUUGGUCUCUCUUAGCCUUGCCCACGAUGACGGUACUUAUCUCACAUGCCAGUGAUACUGUGGUCAAGCUUAUCCGAAAUGGUACGGUUGAAGUAGGAAAUGUCACGAUCCUGCCAGGCGACGAAGGCUUUAUCGGUAAUAUGAAGCAUAUUAUCAGCAAGAUUACAUUUGGCAAGGCCUUCCCAGGCCAUCUGGACUCUGCAUCUCCGGAGCUAGAGGCGUCCUCGAAGAGCACCGACCAACGAUUAGACAAGAUCAUGACCGAGCCCAAUGAACAAGCCCUACAGGGCGAUAACAGAGGCCAUCCCGGUACCUGCAGAGUCCGACAGUCGCCCUCCCAGGUCCGCAAUCACUGCGAUGGGCUUCCCACGGGCGCUGACUUCCACUUCGUUCUUAUCUCUGAGAUCCAGGUCAUCGCCAGCCACCUCAAAGAAUCCAAGCCGCAUCGCUACACUUUCGACCAAUGGGCUUGGUACCUCAAGCUCAUCGGCGAAGAUGAACACAACCCACAGACACACUGCAAAGCCAAGCCGAAGGGAAAACACCAAGAUCCUAACGGUGAGGGCUCAGAUAAGGAUCUGGCGUGGUCGUGGGUAGGGAAUCGCAGUCCUUUGAUAAGCAGCCAGGAAGAGACCGAGUGGAUUCUGGCCAGUCUGAUGGAUAGGCUCCGGGAGUCGUUAUCGGCAGAGAGGAGACGGCAGCUGGGGAGCGGUGCCAGGGUGGCGCAUCAGGAGGCGCAGGAGGUGUAUGACUUCGAUGGAGGUGGUGGCAAGGAGAAACGAGCCUGA